AUGUCCAUGUGCAGCAGCAAGAUAACAUCUAUUUUCGUCCCAAGGACAACCAUUCUCACAAGCCCACUUCAAAAUCUCCAUAUAUAUGCCCAUGGAAAGCAGCCAAAGCACAUGUCCGUUCAUUCCAUGGACAACGGUUUUCGUGAGCCCACUUUAAAAUUUCCAAAUGUCCACCUUGAGCAGCACCUGAGCAUGUCCUUCCAUUCCAUGGAGACAACUUUUCAUGAGCCCACUUUACAAUAUCCAAAUGACCCUUUUGAGCAGCUCCAGCACACGUCUGUUCAUUCCAUGGACAACCAUUCUCUCUUAACCAUUGGAGCACUUCCUGGCGCCCGUUUUCUGCAGCUCCAGCACAUGCCCACUCAUCCCAUGGACAACCAUUUGUAUGCAGCCAUUGGAGCAAUUCCAAAGGUCCAUUUUCAGCAGCAUGGGCACAUGUCUGCUGACUCCAUGGAAAUCUUUUUUGCCGUGCCCACUGCACGACCAUAA